GUCCAAAAUGAAGUGCCUGGCUCCCCGAUCUUCUUGAUGCGUUGUGCCAAACAUGUUCGGCAUCUGGAGGUUCAAUUGCUAGCAGAUGUCUAUGGACAAGCUAUCGGUCUUUUCGGUAGAGAUUGCUCAGUCCAACGUCGGCAUCAGAAAAUCAUUGAGGAGGCGCCGGCUUUCGUAGCGCCACCUGAAGUUUUUGACGCUAUGGAGCGCGUAGGUUAA